UCCAAGGUGAUCACUCAAGACUCUCAAGCCUCUCUCAACUCCCUUGUCUUCUAUUCUCUCAAACUCCUCAAAACUCUAAAUUAGAGAUUAAAUCCCAAAUCUAACCCAAAUGGAUGAAAAACCAACCUGAUUGCAUACCAAAACCCUAAAUCACAACCAUUUUUAGAUCAACCACCUCCCAAAUCAGUGAAAACCCAAACUGGUGAAAAUCCGAAACCCCAAAUCGGUGAAAACCCAAAACCCACUCCCACCGCCUUCAUCUUCUCCAAGUUGUUGCUCUCUCUCGCUGUCUUCAUCUUUCUUCGCUGCUCAUACUACACGGACUCUAUAUUGGAACUCUCCGCUGCUGCGAUUGAUUCCAGAUUUUUUUCUUGUUACAACAAAGUAUAAUGACCAAGAAGUAUAGGCCAAAAGUUGAUACCAGUGAAAAAAUGAAGAGGAAGGAGAGCUGCAAUGAGGGAGGUCCCUCGAAGAAGAAGAAAUGUAAUCAUCCUCCCUUCGUUGAUCCGUCCUCAGUAGUUAAUCUCACCUCCACCAAUCCAAUUGAUCCCUUUGUUGAUCCCACCUCUACCAAUCCAGUUGAUCCCUCAUUCAAUACAUCAAGUUCACCCAAUCCCAAUCCCAAUCCCAAUCCCAAUCCAACAAGUUCAUCCAAUGAAGACAUAUAUUUCUUCAAUGAUGAUUGCAAACAUCGGUAUGAUAAUUGCUUUUAUAAUAGACCUUUGUUAUUGGAGAGGGGUGUU